AUGGGUCCUCAGCAAGUGGAAAAGGCUUGGUGGAAAGAGGCCAUCGUCUACCAAAUCUACCCAGCCAGCUUCUUAGACAGCAACGGUGAUGGCCUCGGCGAUGUCCGCGGAAUCAUCAGCAAGGUGCCUUACAUCAAGUCUCUCGGCAUAAAUACAAUCUGGCUCUCACCCAUCUAUGCCUCGCCUCAAAAAGACAUGGGAUACGAUGUCUCCGACUACCGCUCUAUCCACGCGCCCUACGGUACAGUCGAAGACGUCCAAGAGCUCAUAGACUUACUCCAUGCAAAUGAAAUGCGGCUUUUAAUGGACCUGGUCGUGAACCACACCAGCGAUGAACACGCCUGGUUCAAAGAAUCCCGCAGCUCAAAGACAAAUGCUAAGCGCGACUGGUAUAUCUGGCGGGACCCGAAAUAUGACGCACAGGGCCAAAGAAAAGAACCUAAUAACUGGGCUUCUAUCUUUGGUGGAUCGGCCUGGCAAUUCGACGAGCAUUCAGGCCAAUAUUACCUCGCUCUCUUCCUUCCCAGCCAGCCAGAUCUGAACUGGGAAAGUGAAGAUAUGCGCAAAGCAGCACACGACGAUAUGCAUUUCUGGCUCGAUCGAGGCGUGGACGGAUUCCGCAUCGACAGCAUGAACUUAAUGUCCAAACACCCCGAUCUACCCGAUGCGAAAGUCAUAAAUGACGAGCCAUACCAAAGCGGCGCGGAAUAUUUCGCUUCAGGCCCAAGGAUGCAUGAUUAUAUCCGUGAGAUGAGAACGGAGGUCUUCGACAAGUACGAUAUCAUGACAGUUGGCGAGCUGGGAUUUACUAAAGAUGAAAACUCAGUCCGUGAAUACGUUGCCAAAGACCGACAUGAACUCAACAUGCUGUUCACGGGCGAUAUAGUCGAUAUGGAUUUCGGUGUUGAUGGGAAAUAUGGCCGAGACGAUUUCCAUCCGAGGAAGAUUCGGCAUCUGACGAAUUUGUGGCAGACUGCUAUGCCUAUAUUCGAGGGCUGGAAUACUAUUUAUCUCGAUAACCAUGAUAGCGGUCGCUCGAUUACUCGGUACGCAUCUGACUCACCUGAGUACCGGUCUUCUUCGGCUAAGAUGCUUGCGACCUAUUUGACCACGUUGGGCGGAACGCCGUUUCUACUUGCGGGUCAAGAGAUCGGAAUGGCUAAUCUUGGGAAGGAGUAUGGAGCUGAAGCGUAUAUCGAUGUUGAAGGGAAGAAUUAUUAUAACAAGGUUUUGAAGGCGAGGGGAGAUGAUGUAAAUCGGAUGGGGGAUGUGCUGAGGGAGUUGCAGCUCAAGGCGCGUGAUCAUGGACGACUGCCUAUGCAGUGGGAUGGUUCGGCAAAUGCGGGCUUUACGACUGGGGCUGAACCGUGGAUGGUUGUUAAUAAGGACUAUACGGAGUGGAAUGUUGAGAGUCAAGUUGGUGAUCCCGGGAGUGUGAUGGGGUAUUGGAAGGAGAUGAUUGCUUUAAGGAAGAACAUGGCAGAUUUGUUUGUUUAUGGGUCCUAUGUUGCCAUCUCGGAGAAAGAGACUGGGGAGAUGGUGCUUGGGUAUGAGCGGGCUUGUCAGGGUCAGAAGGCUGUUGUGCUCCUCAACUUCUCUGAUGCGGAGCAAAAAUUGGUUGCAAAGCGAUUGGAGCAUCCUUCGCUUUUGGUUUCAAGCCAGGGAGAUUUGUGCGGCAAUAAAGAAGUUGUGCUUCAACCUUUUGGGGCCGUGGUUUUGUAUAGUGGAUAA